AUGGCAAGCACCGAGAUACAACCGGGACCACGGUCCUUGAGACGAGAAUCCAUGAAGUUGACCCAACGAAGUCAAAGCUUCGAUUACAGAAUUCGACGUCGCAAUAUAUUCGAAGAGGUAGCUACAGCGAAGGUAGCCGCAAUGCGGGAGGCUAAACUCCCAAAGGAUUCAGUACAUACUCCAGGCACCAGCAUCACGCGUAAACGUAAGCUUAAGCCGCGAGAACCUCAAUUGAAAUCUCCGGAGUACCUCGAGUCAGUGUCUGAUAGAACGGGGUCUCAGAACGCAACUGAAUCUAACUUUCUUCGGAUCGCUGGGUAUAUCCCCAGGGGCAUUAAACUUGUGGGAGUUGUCAUCUUUAACGUCUUUCGGAUAAUGUGCAUAUUAGAUGAGUCGCAGCCUCACAGCCCACAGCUGGGCCCUGAUUCCAACUCCCACGAUGCUCCCCAAAAGGGACCCCCUACUAAGAGAUCGCGGAGGAAAUGGUAG